AUGCGAUUGUUCCCGGCGUUAUUAUUGGUUUACCUCGUCCGAGCUCAUAAAACACCGAGUAUCACUCAACGCGCCGCACGGGACCCUCCGGUCGCUGUGAUGAACUCCACGGACAAUACGGAGGAUUUGUGCCCGGAUGGCUCGGACUGGACGAGACAUUGCCGUCUCGACGAUGAAUGCAACACUAACAUGGAAAUGUGUGCCGAAGGAAAAUGUUGUGCAACCUGCGCAAGGCAACGGAGACUAUUCCUCGACAAAUUCGCUCAGAAUGAGCUACUCGGUCUGGCUAUACCUCAAUGCGAACAUGAUGGAAGAUGGUACAGGAAACGGCAAUGUCUUGCCGGGACAGAAGCUUGCUGGUGCGUCACGCCUUUGGGUCGACGAUUUGUGGGAGGUGGGGCGGACUGCGAAACACGGCGCAGAAAACAGGAGAAUCUGGCGCUGAAAGCCGUAAAACUCCGAGACGAGCUCAUCCGAGGAAAAGUCUGUGAAGAGUACCGUGACGGGGACUGCCCAUCGUCUUCAGCUGGGAACGCCACCGUCGAAAUGCCGUGUCUUUGCGACUCUGACUGUCCAAAGACGUGGAAGUGUUGCGAACAUUCGAAACGACUCAUUUGUCUAGCUCCUGUGUCACCAAUACAACCAAUGACACUUAUCUGUGCUGCAAAUGAGCAGUUUUCCGCCUGUCACUCUCCAUGUCAACCGUCCUGUGAUGAUCCAACUUUGGCGCCAUGUCCACCACCUACAUGCACCCCUGGUUGUCAUUGCCAGCCCGGUAAGUACCUGAUGUAUUUGCGUGACAUAUUGUAA